UCGCCAAGGCCCAUUUAGGUCUCCUCAAAACUCACCGACGUCCUUUAAUCCUCUUUAAUUAUGCCCAGCAGAGCCUUCCUCUUUAGCCUUUACUAUAUUAUUAUUUCUGUAGAAUGUCGACUUCUUUAAUUUUGUCGACCUUUAAUUACGCCGAGAUGCCCUUAUUUUUUUCUUCGUUCGAACCAUCUCUAAUUAUUUGGUGGAACUGAAUCGGACUGGAGACCCACCAGAGCCUUAUCUCUUUUGCCAUCGUUGACGUCAUCUUCUUCAAGUUCGACAAUUACAAGCCGUCUACUUGUUUUGAUUUCGAGACCUCCUGAGACGCCGAUCUUCUUGCUAUUGAAGUACCAUCCGCCGACCUGGUGGCUCGAGUUGAAUUUGGAGGGAUUCCACCUGUCGAUUUGCUUCAUUCUUCGAUAUGUCUCCAAGCUUAUCUCAUCCCACCAGUUCUUCCAGUUUGUCAGAUCGCACUAGCUCUUCCAGCUCGUCCGAUUCUUCGCCGAGCCAGAAUGAUCCUAAAGGAAAACGAGUGGCUUCUCCUGCCCCGGAUCCAUCUGGUUCGUCGUCCUCGUCUAGCUCCUCUUCGACAUCUGAGGAGGUUGGUCCAUCUCAGCUUAAUAACGAGAUUGGAUCGGGUCAGGUUACUGAUGACCUCGAGGAAGCGCAUAAUGUCGAAGUAGGUCGGUCUGGCGAAACACAGAGCAAUGGAGAAGUUCAGCUGGAUGGGGUUGGUCUUGACGGAGCUCAUCACGAGGUUGUCCUUGGCAUUCCUGCGAUUCGUCGCAAAAUUGUUACUCCGGCGUCGGUCGAAGCCUCCUGUUCUGAUAGUAAGACCAUCACAUUAGCGUUAAGGCAGGCUGGGCCUCAUUCGGGAAUCAAAGUUAAGAAACCAAAAUCAGCGACCAUGGGAUGCUCCUGAGGGUUACAUAUGCGUCUACGAGGACUUUUUCCGAACUUGCGGACUUCGCUUUCCGAUUCCAAGUCGUUUGAUUGAGUAUUGUAAUCGUCGAGGAGCUGCCUUGUCUCAGUUGAUGCCAGCUUCUGUUACUAACUUCGUCGGAAUCCAGACUCUUGGGUCAGAUAUUUGCUUUGAAGUCACAAUUUCGGCUUUUGAAGACUUGUCUCAAAUGAAGAAGAACAAGAAACCAUGGUACUUCUCCGUCUGUUCGAAGGCGGGCUUUGACCUUGUUACUGGACCUAAGUGUAGCAAGUAUAGUGGUUGGAAAUCGAAAUACUUCUAUCUUCGAGUUGACUCUUCAUCCUUUGAGAACCCUCUCAUGCGUUUCCAAACUAACUGGAUGACUCCUAUUGGUUACCAUCCUUUGAGCUGUAUUAGCCAUUCUGGUAUUACGCCAACAGUUGUCGCACGUUUUAGCGCGGCGGGAAGGAAACGUUGGCCCUCUGCUUACAGGGAUUUGUUAGCCCGUCGGGAGAAACGUUGUGCCCAAAAAGCAGUCCGUAGGCCAAAAUCUUGCAAGCCCCCCAAACCCCGCAAACCCUGCAGAACUCGCAGGAAAAUGAAUCUCGAUGACAUUCCUGACCUUUUCGCAAUGGAGCCGACCGAAACUCCCAUCGAUGGUCCCAUUGAAUCCCUCAUUCCGACAGGAUCUCUGGAUCCAACCGAUGCUUUCGGCUCCCGCGUAGACCCAGUUACUGAGAACGUUGGAACGAUGCUCUCAGCGCCCGCGCAAACACAAUAUCCGAAGAGAACGAAGAAAUCGAAGAAAGCUAACUUUGUCCAAGAAGAGUGACAACACUAUAGCUGCUGGGGCCAAUGUGGGAGAGAUCAAAAGCGGUCCAGUUGACCGUCCUACUCUCGAGGUCUCAAAGAAGAGGCCAUCUCAGAGCAACGAAACCGGAGAUCUCCUACAUUCUGGUCCUGCUAUGAAGAGGGUACGGAAAUUUCCCCCGCCGAACGCCUUCUUUUUCUCGGACAAAUACAAAAAAGUUUCUCAGUUGUCCGCCGACCUUACUGCUCAGACGGACGAGCUUAUUGCCGAGUAUGAUCAUGCCUUGUGCAAAGUGAAGCGAGAGGCGUCCAAAUACAAGGAGCAUGUUGCUGACCUGCAGGGGAUCGUUGAUGCUGAGGCGGAGAAGAGCGCGGAAGCUUCAAAGACAAUCGCCGAACUGCAGGCUGAGAUUGCUGAUCUCAAAGGAAAAAAUGUCGAACUUAAUGCCGACCGAGAUUUUCUGUCAAAGGAGUUGAAGAAGGAGCAAACAUGGUUAAGGGGGGCUCGGAAUAGGGCGCUUCGAGGGUGGAAAGCAACAACCGAGAAGUGUCAGGUUCGGGUUGAGAAGGCGAACAAGUAUCGUUCGGAGGUUGAUGCACAGAGGAUACCGUUUCUCGAGAUUAACCAACUCACCGGGAUACUCAGUUUCUGCGAGCGUUACGCCCUGAAAGGCGAUGCUGUUUCUCCAUCUGUCAUUGAUGAGCUCGAGAGGCGCAAGGCGGACAGCGAGGCUAGGUUCAAGGCGCUUCCUGUGACUGAACUCGAGCCCGACGACACCCGUGUUACGCCUUUUCGCGAUGACCUCUACCCGGAUAUUGAUCAGGUUGUUGGUUUUGAGGUUCCCGCAGGUCUAGACAUGUUUGGGUCCAACUCUAAGACGAUAUCGGAUAGGGCGAGCUUCUGACUUGGGGAGCCGAGGUUCGAGCUGACCUUGUUUCAGUUUUUCUAUCUCUUUUGUUAGACUAUUUUUUUGAUGUUGUACACAUUGCCUGAGGAGGCUUUUAAACCUUGACUUGCUUG